AAAUUCUUGCUUCCACUGAAGCCCCAAAACCCUACAUCAGACGCCGGCCUCAUCUUCUUCUUCGUCAACCCUUCAAUCUACUUCAAUCUGGCAAUCUAUCCCAGGAAUUCACAAAACUAGGGCAUUUGAACAAGAUUUGGCAAUGGAUUCCCGGGAGCUUACGCCGGAGGAACUCGAAAAGAAGAAGAAAAAAGAAGAGAAGGCCAGAGAAAAGGAGUUGAAGAAACAAAAGGCAGCACAAAAAGCAGCAGCAGCUAAAAUUCAGGCACAGCAACCACAAAAUGCUUCGAAAUCAGAGAAGAAAAAGAGUUCAAAGAGGGAAUCGGAGGAGGAUAACCCUGAGGAUUAUGUAGACCCUGUAACACCCUUGGGUGAAAAGAAGAAGCUUUCUCGUCAGAUGGCAAAGACUUACAAUCCCAGUGCUGUUGAGAAUUCGUGGUAUGAAUGGUGGGAGAAGUCUAAAUUCUUUGAGGCAGAUGCAAAAAGCUCCAAACCACCUUUUGUAAUUGUUUUGCCCCCUCCAAAUGUUACUGGAGCCCUACAUAUAGGCCAUGCCCUUACUGCUGCAAUUGAGGAUACAAUUAUUCGCUGGAGGAGAAUGUCUGGAUACAAUGCGUUAUGGGUGCCUGGAAUGGAUCAUGCUGGAAUUGCAACACAGGUUGUUGUGGAGAAGAAAAUAAUGAGGGAAUUGAAAUUGACAAGGCAUGAUGUAGGUCGUGAAAACUUUGUGGCACAAGUUUGGAAAUGGAAAGAGGAGUAUGGGGGCACCAUAUUGAAACAACUUCGACGCUUGGGAGCAUCACUGGAUUGGUCACGUGAGUGCUUUACCAUGGAUGAGAAGAGAUCUGUAGCUGUGAAUGAGGCUUUUGUAAGGCUUCACAAGCAAGGCCUUAUAUAUAGGGAUUUGCGUCUGGUGAAUUGGGAUUGUGUACUGAGAACAGCAAUAUCUGAUAUUGAGGUAGACUAUAUAGAAAUCAAAGAGAGAACACCAUUGCGCGUUCCUGGAUAUGACACCCCAGUUGAGUUUGGAGUGCUGACAUCAUUUGCUUAUCCCUUGGAAGGAGGCUUGGGUGAGAUUGUUGUGGCCACUACUCGAGUGGAAACAAUGCUGGGUGAUACUGCCGUUGCCGUACAUCCAGAAGAUCCUAGAUACAGUCAUCUUCAUGGGAAAUUUGUUGUUCAUCCUUUUAAUGGAAGGAAACUUCCUAUAGUUUGUGAUGCAGUGCUUGUGGAUAUGAACUUCGGGACUGGUGCUGUUAAGAUAACUCCAGCCCAUGAUCCUAAUGAUUUUGAGGUUGGAAGGCGCCACAAUCUUGAUUUUAUCAAUGUGUUUACUGAUGAUGGAAAAAUAAAUAGCAAUGGUGGUUCAGAUUUUGAAGGGAUGCCACGCUUUAAAGCUCGUGUGACUAUUAUUGAAGCUUUGAAGGAAAAGGGACUCUACCGAGGUGAUAAAAACAAUGAAAUGCGCCUUGGGGUUUGUUCAAGAAGCAAUGAUGUUAUAGAGCCUCUCAUAAAGCCACAGUGGUAUGUAAACUGCAAAAACAUGGCACAACAAAGUCUUGAUGCUGUCAUAGAUGCCACAAAUCCUAAGAUGGAAAUCAUACCCAAACAAUAUGUUGCUGAUUGGAAGAGAUGGCUUGAGAACAUUCGUGAUUGGUGCAUUUCAAGGCAGCUUUGGUGGGGUCACCGUAUUCCGGCAUGGUAUGCAGUUCUGGAGGAGGAUGAGCUGAAAGAACUUGGGGCAUACAAUGAUCACUGGGUGGUUGCCAGGAAUGAAGAAGAGGCUCAGAAGGAGGCAAGCAGAUUAUAUUCUGGAAAGAAGUUUCAGCUUUUCCAAGAUCCAGACGUUCUGGAUACAUGGUUUUCCUCUGGCCUUUUCCCAUUAUCAGUGUUGGGCUGGCCAGAUAAUACAGACGAUCUCAGGGCUUUCUAUCCUACAUCCGUACUUGAAACUGGCCAUGACAUCCUCUUUUUCUGGGUUGCGCGGAUGGUGAUGUUGGGUAUAACGCUCGGAGGCGAUGUACCUUUCAGCAAGGUUUACUUACAUCCUAUGAUUCGGGAUGCACAUGGACGCAAAAUGUCCAAGUCAUUAGGUAACGUCAUUGAUCCACUAGAAGUUAUAAAAGGAGUAACCCUUGAAAAUCUUCACAAAAGGCUGGAGGAUGGCAACUUAGACCCAAAUGAGCUUAAAACUGCGAAGGAAGGGCAAAAGAAGGAUUUUCCAAAGGGUAUUCCGGAAUGUGGAGCUGAUGCUUUGCGUUUUGCUCUUGUUUCGUAUACAGCUCAGUCGGAUAAAAUAAAUCUGGACAUCCAAAGGGUGGUUGGAUAUCGCCAAUGGUGCAAUAAGCUGUGGAAUGCUAUUCGAUUUGCCAUGACCAAACUCGGAGACAAUUAUACACCGCCAUCGGAGAUUGAUCUUGCUGCCAUGCCUUCCAGCUGCAAAUGGAUAUUAUCGGUUCUAAACAAAGCUAUAUCAAAAACGGUGGUAUCAUUAGAUGCCUAUGAAUUUUCUGAUGCAGCCACUGCCUUAUAUUCUUGGUGGCAGUUUCAAUUGUGUGAUGUGUUUAUUGAAGUAAUUAAACCAUAUUUUUCUGGCAAUAACCCAAACUUAGAGUCAGAAAGAAGGUUUGCCCAGGAUACCUUGUGGCUGUGUUUGGAUUACGGGUUGCGGUUACUUCAUCCUUUUAUGCCAUUUGUCACUGAGGAAUUGUGGCAGCGUCUUCCUUCUAAGAAAGAUUCUGUGAGGAAAGAAUCUAUUGUGGUAUCCGAAUAUCCAGCCGUUGUAGAGAGCUGGACUAAUGCUGAUGUGGAGUUGGAGAUGGAUAUCGUUGAAUCGGUGGUGAAAUCACUGAGGUCUCUUCGAUCACAGUUAGAACCAAAUGAGAGGCAUGAAAGGCGAGCUGCUUUUGUUCGAUGCCGCACACAUGAAGCACGCGAUACUGUAAAAAAACAUGAACUCGAGAUCACUACUCUCGCCACUUUAUCGUCUCUGAGUGUAUUAACGGAGGGCGAUGAUGCUCCAGCCGGGUGUAAGGUAGAUGUCGUGAAUGAAGCCCUUCAGGUUUUCCUCAAACAAAAAGGAAACAUCAACGUGGAAGCCGAACUUGAAAAACUCAAGAAGAAAAUGGAGGAUGUUCAAAAGCAACACGAGACCUUGGUGAAGAAGACUAGCGCCCCCGGAUACAAAGAUAAAGUUCCGGCCCAUAUCCGAGACGUCGAUGAAGCGAAGCUGGCGGCAUUGCUUCAAGAAAUCCUGUCAUUCAAAGAAGCUAGUGAGCUUUUACAGCGUGAAAAAUGACAUGUUUAUUGCCUGCCUGCCUGCCUGGUUUUUUGCUGUUUUUGGAUCAUACCCUGUUAAUUUAAUUAAGCUGAUGAUGCAAUUACAAUCACAAUUGAUUUUGUGGAUUUGAAUUUUGUUUAACGUUUGUUGUUAUUUGAUUGUUACAUUUAUCAGAAUUUAUUGAUCUAUA